GCGAAGCACUAUAAUUUUUAGCGUAAAUCUUUGUUCCCGGAGAUCAUAAACGCCACAAGGCCCCCAUUCCCCAUCUGUCAAACACGGGCACCGAUCUCUACCUCCCAUCUGCCAAAAAGUAGUUGUCUCCUGUAUGGGAUCAGUAGCUGUCAUGGUACGACUCUUCACAAUUGCAGCAGCGACGCUUGUGGCCUUGGCAGAAGGAAAGCAAUCCACUGCUUCUCGACGGUUUCUUUUCGAAUUGGAUCCCACCCAUUCCACUGAGACAUUCUUUCAGCAUGUUGAACAACAUGGAAAAGUCCAGACACGCAUGCCGUAUCGACUCUUCAAUGGCGCAUCCAUCACCAUCGAUGACUCGCAGUCUAUUGACAAUGUAUUGAAAGACCUUUCUGCUCUGCCUGGCGUCAAGCAAUACUGGCCAGUCCAACAUAAUCAGGGUCAAAAAGCGUCAACCGCAGCAACAAACAAAAAGACCAGGACCAAAAGAGAUGCUGAAGCUAAACCCAUCUCUGAAGAUUCUUCCAAGAAAGUUCCAUACAGCCCAUAUGCCAUGACGCAGAUUGACCGAAUGCAUGCUGCUGGUUUCACUGGCAAGGGCCUCAAAAUUGCCCUCAUCAGCACAGGUGUUGACUAUAAGCAUCCUGCUCUCGGUGGUUGCUUUGGAAAGGAUUGUCUCGUUGUCGGUGGCUAUGACUUUGUUGGCGACCGAUACAGCUACGGCGAAGAUCCCCAGCCAAAGGCUGACCCCCUGGAUAUCGACGGUCUCGGCACCACGGGAGCUAGCAUUCUGGCAGCACAGCCCAAUUCGCGCCUAAACUUUGCUGGCGUGGCCCCUGGUGUAAAACUUUUGGCGUACAAAGUUUUUGGGCCAUACCUGUACACUACAUCGGAUGUCAUUGUUGAUGCGAUUUACCGGGCUGUGGAUGAUGGUGCUGAUAUCAUUACGUUUUCUGGAGAGUUCCGCGACGCCUUCCCGUUUACUGGUAUUGUCGAGGCUGCCACUCGAGCUACCAGCCAUGGUAUUCCAAUUUUGAUGGGAAUUGACUCUCAGUACACCUUCAAGAACCUAUUCAAGGUCGAUGCUGCCACUAACACUGCUGAUUUGGAAGCCACGGGCAAAUUUGAGACGGAUACCAUCCCUGCACUCCUAGCCAACGGAUACAGCGGUCUUGCUGGUAAGAACACUGACGAAUUCUGGUAUGAAAAGGUGGCUGUCGACGACUAUCGCUUCAGCAAAGAGGGAGACUAUGAUCUGCCUGUAUACGCCAUCAGCUCCAACAGCAACGUUACCGACGACGCCUGCAGGCCUCUUCCAGACAGCACACCCGCCAACCUCAAUGACUAUGCCAUUUUGGUUCGCUUAGGAGGCUGCACUAUUAACCAAAAGGCCAACAACAUCAAGCGCAAUGGUAUCGUCGAGGAUACUCGCAUUCUGUUUUACAGAGAUAGUCCCAAGGAUGUGUAUUUUGGUCGUCCGGGGUAUGAUGACUCUACACUCAGCCGAUUUGCUGGGGUCGUUUCUGCCGCGGUAGGAGAACGCUGGGUGAAGCAGCUGAACGCCGGAAAGAAUGUUACGGUCCACCUCCCGACCCUCAAGCACGCCAACUACUCCCUCGCCAACGGGCCCAACCAGCCAAACGGAGGUGCCGUUGUAGAUGGCCCUUGGGGUCCUACACAGUCACUCGACAUUAAGCCCCUCUUUGGAGCCCCGGCAGCGAUGAAUGUGUAUGCACAGCUAAACAAGGGAUACACUGUCGACGAGUACUACGGCAAGCUCACUGCCAUGGUUGCGGGUGCAUACGCCUUGAUUGCUGAGGCUCGCCACAUCAAGCCCAACCCACACAACAUUCAGGGAUUGCUCACUAGCACAUCCAAGGCACAGCUUGUGUUUGACGGACAAAAGUUUGUUCCGGGUGUGUUUGCAUCAGUGGCUCAGCAAGGUGCGGGCAUCAUGCAAGUGUUUGACGCAGCGAAUGUCAAGUCGACUACUGAGCCCGUCAAACUCACCUUUAAUGACACAGAACAUCGUCUGAAGAACGCCAAGGUUGUCAUACACAAUCACGGAUCCGCGUCCGUGACAUAUAAUCUACACCACGUACCUGCCAAGACGUUGUAUCUUCUUGACAGUGACUCUGUAUCUACAGACGCCACAGUUAAUGUUGACAUCAAUCCCGGCAAGUUAGUUAUUGAACCCGGAAAGUCGGCCAGCUUUACCGUUGUCACCCACUCUAACAAACUACCCAAUCAGGACAAGCUGCCUGUUUGGUCGGGUUUUAUUGCUGUCAAUGGCACUGACGGUAACGACUUGACCGUGCCGUACUUGGGCGUUGAAGGCUCUCUCUCCAGCGUUUUGCCUUUGCAGGGAUCUGGUGACGACAGUAAGAGCGUCGCCAUGUAUUACAAGGGCCAUCGAUACAGCGGAUCGCCACCACUGCAGCGACCGGAUCCCAACGGCUACAGCGCCGACCUGAGCAUACGAUUUACCCUCGGAUCGCCCAAGGUGGAAGUAUACUUUGUGUCACUGGAUGCGCAGGAUAAGCCAGACGGCAAGCUCGACGGUCAAAUGUCUUACAGCCCGCUUCUGCAGCAGACUGGCCAGAUUGACGCUACCAUUUCGUUCUGGGAUGGCCUGCUAAACGACGGCACCAAGGUACCUGACGGAAGAUAUCAUGUUCGCGUUCGGGCACUUCGUCUGUUUGGCGAUGAGAAGAAGGAUUCUGAUUGGCAGACGUUGACUUCUGUGGCCUUUAACCUGGUCAACACUGACUAAAUGCACUAUUAUUAGAUUGGUGAGAUUGAACAAAACCACCACUGCCAGGAAAUACCUGUUUAUUGGCCGCCAUAUUCUUGUUUUAAAGUUUGGAGAAAUUUUACGCUCACAUGGUAUGAAACGGGCCGAAAAGGAGCCUCUCUGCUAGGUACAAACACAUAUAAAUUGAUAUGAUCUAGCCAUUGUCCCGG